UUCCUUUGGCAUGCCCACAGCCAAGUCUGGGAGGGUUUCUGGACCGAGGUCCUCGUGGCUGCUGCCUUAAGACGUGCAGCCUGGGCCACAGCCACCACAGCUCUCUAACUCAGGCCCACUGCAGCAGCAGCCCCGGCCAGUGCAGCAGCAUGGCACUUUGGGGGACCUGCCUGCUCCUCUGCCUCAUCUCCCUCCUGAACCAAGUCACUAUGGAGCCCCCAACCCCCAAGGUCAAGAAGACUGCAAAUGUCAAGAAAGAUGUUGUGACCCCAAAGAUGUUUGAGGAGCUCAAGAGCCAGCUGGACAACCUGGCCCAGGAGGUGGCCCUGCUGAAGGAGCAGCAGGCCCUGCAGACUGUCUGCCUGAAGGGCAUCAAGGUGCAUGUGAAGUGCUUUCUGGCCUUUGUCCAGGCUAAGACCUUCCAUGAGGCGAGUGAGGACUGCAUCUCGCGCGGGGGCACGCUGGGCACCCCGCAAACGGGCUCGGAGAACGACGCUCUGUACGAGUACCUGCGCCAGAGCGUGGGCGCGGAGGCUGAGAUCUGGCUGGGCCUCAACGACAUGGCGUCCGAGGGCACCUGGGUGGACAUGACUGGCGGCCACAUUGCCUACAAGAACUGGGAGACGGAGAUCACCGCGCAGCCCGACGGCGGCAAGGCAGAGAACUGUGCCGCCCUGGCCGGCGCCGCCAAUGGCAAGUGGUUCGACAAGCGCUGCCGCGAAAUGCUGCCCUACAUCUGCCAGUUCGCCAUUGUGUAGCAGGGCACUGGGGUGAGGGGGGUGGGCCGGGGCCCCUACGUGCACGCGGGGCCUCCUCGGCAAAUAAAGUUGAUGCAGCUUGGCGGAGACUAGCUACAGGCUGUUGGGGGUCCGCGGCUGGCCGGGGAGGUUCCCAGGAGCCGCAGGAAGGGAAGGCUAAUGAAUUCUCCCCAGGAGGUAGAGGGGCGUGGGGAGAAGGGGAGCCGAGAGCACGCCACACAGCUGCGCCUUGUUUCUUUUAAUAACCUUGUUUUCAUAUCAUUUCCUACUUACAGACAAGUUGCAAGAAUACCUGUUUACCCUUCAUCCGGAUUUUCCAAACAUUAACAUUUUCCCACAUUGCUUUAUGCUUCUUUUCUGAACCGUUUGACAGUAAAUUGCUCCAGGUGACCACUUAAGACUCCUGAGUCAAAAACUCAGCCCAACCCUCAGGAAUGUCUUCCCUAGACUCCUCUCCAGAAAGGAAAGCUGUUCGGUGGCUGCUUCCUCUGCCCAAGCAAGGUUCAUCCUCUGCACUGGCCACCUCAUUCUAUGAAGUGACCACAGGCCCUUGCUCUCUCUUCAGUCCCAAACAGGCACAAAUUCAGAUGCCUGGUGGACACAGCCACCUCGAAGUCCUUAGUCACUUAAGUCAACAUGUUCAAAAGGGAGCUCAGUGCCUUCCCACUCAAGUCUGCUUCUCUUCCUGAGCUCACCAACUCCAGGGGAUGUCUCUAGUCACCCAAGCCCUAGUCCUGUGGGGCCUCACAUGUGCCUCUGUGCCUGUCACACCUGAGAUCCAAAUCAUCAUCAGGAGCCAUGAUUGCACUUCCUGAGGAACUGGCCAGGCUGUCCCUUCCUCUCCAGAUCCACUGCUACUAGACCCAGGUCUCCAGCUUGAACCACUGUAAAUACUACCCUUCCUGGUUCCCCAUCUCGCCCCACAUCUCUCCCACCCUCCCUAAACCACAGCCUUUACUGCAUAACCACUGGUUGUAUGGAAGAGAAGGCUGGUUCAAAUCGUGGUCAGAGUUGGUCCAUGUAAUGCGAUCUUCCCUCCCACAAACAUGCACAUCUUUGCUUCACCUGAAAACAUCGCUUCACUGGUGUGACCCUGACGACUUAAACCUCCAGAUACAUUCUUCCUUUGAUUUUGGCUUUGCUAAGAGAAAAUGUAAAUAUUAAUAAAAACACAGAAAAGGAGCAAUGUGUAUGCUCCUGAUGUGUGUUGGGCCCUGACCCAGAAGCCCCUAUGUCCUGGUAACAACCAAAAAUUAUCUCACCGAAUUUUGUAAUAACCAAGGAGAGAAGGAUUACUAAAUCUAAUUUAUAGCUGAGCAAAAUGAGGUACAGAGAGGGUGAUUUUUCCAAGAAUACCCACUGAUGGGCUGACAUUCCAGCACAGGUCUGUUGAGUUCUAAGCCCACAUACCAUCUGUUGUAUACAUUAAGCCCUUUGUGAAUCUUGAAGUUUUCAGAUGUUUCAUGAUGUGAUUGUGUAAGGUUUGUAUAAAUGAGCCGACAGUGCUGCAUACUGGUAUCUGUAAUUGCUGGUGAGGAAUCAUAAAAACAGGUUUUCCACCCAGAUUUUCUAGGGUUAUUUUGGAAGCCUAAUGUUAAUAUUCCACUUAGCUUGCUUUUCAUGGGUGACUCACUUAUGAGCAUGGUUUUUCAGUCUUUCAGGCUAAAAAUCAUGACAUAGCCUACAAAACAAGUAGCUCUUUUUUUCUACUAGAGUGCACUGCUGCUUCAUGCAGUGUGAGAACACAGCCAGGGGAACACUUCUCAAAGGUCAGCACAUCUUUAGAGGAAAAGCCUGAGGCACAGGGAGGCUAAGGGACCAGCCAAGGUCCACGGCUGGCUAGAGAAUGAGCCCAGGAGUUUCACUUUCUCAUGGAAAGCUUUGUGCAAACCAUUUCUCCAAACAGCCAGUGAGUACAUACUGUGCCAACCCUCUGCCAGGUGCUGGAGCCUGAGGCCUGGAUCCCGCUCUUGGGGGCCUGCCCACCCGGUGGGGGACAGAGAGUAGCCCUCCUGUUUCGCAUUGAUGGGAAAACAAUCUGGCGCUAUUGGCAGGAAAAUGUAUUUAG